AUGGCGGCGCGGUUCAGCGGCGUCCUGCAGCUCACCGACCUCGACGUCAUCGGCCCCUCACAGGAAUGUAUCAAACCUGUCAAGGUGGAAAAACAGGCUGGAAAAGCAGCAGCAAAGAUCAGGAUUGAGGCAGAUGGGAGCUACUUCCAGAUCGAUCAGGAUGGGGGAGCACAGAAGCUGGAAAAGGCCAAAAUCACCCUGAAUGACUGCCUGGCCUGCAGUGGCUGCAUCACCUCGGCAGAGAGUGUCCUCAUCACCCAGCAGAGCCACGAGGAGCUCUGCAAAGUGCUGGCUGGCAACAAGGCUGCUGCUCCCAAUGAACAGAAAUUGGUGGUGGUCUCUGUUUCCCCUCAAUCCAGAGCUUCCCUGGCUGCAAAGUGUAAAAUGGGUGUUCUGGAAACAGCCAAGAAGCUGACAACAUUCCUGAAGAGUUUAGGUGUGCACUAUGUUUUUGACACGACUUUCUCCAGAAACUUCAGCCUGUUGGAGAGCCAGCGGGAGUUCGUGAGACGCUUCCGCAGGCAAACCGAGGACAGAAAGGCUCUGCCAAUGCUGGCCUCUGCCUGCCCAGGUUGGAUCUGCUACGCAGAGAAGACCCACGGCAGCUUCAUCAUCCCCUACAUCAGCACCACCAAGUCUCCCCAGCAGGUCAUGGGCUCCUUGGUCAAGGGCUAUUUUGCAGAACAGCAGCACCUGACCCCUGACCAGAUUUACCAUGUCACAGUGAUGCCCUGUUAUGACAAAAAGCUCGAGGCCUCCAGGCCAGACUUUUUCAACCAGCAGUACCAAACCAGGGAUGUGGACUGUGUGAUCACCACAGGAGAAGUGCUAAAGCUGUUGGAACAAGAAGGAGUAUCUCUCUCAGAUGUAGAUCCUGGUCCCUUGGAUACCAUGCUCAGCAGUGCAGCAGAGGAGCUCAGCACCCACCCUGGAGGGGGCUCAGGGGGAUACCUGGAGCACAUUUACAGACAUGCAGCCAAGGAGCUCUUUGGGAUUCACGUGGAUGCCAUUGAGUACAAACCUCUAAAAAACAAGGACUUCCAGGAGGUGACUCUGCAGAGGGAUGGAGAAGUCCUGCUCCAGUUUGCUCUGGCUUACGGAUUUCGGAACAUCCAGAACCUGGUGCAGAAGCUGAAACGGGGGAAGUCUCCAUAUCACUACGUGGAGGUCAUGGCCUGUCCCUCAGGUUGUUUGAACGGAGGAGGGCAGAUCAAGCUGGAGGGGGGAUCCAAGGACGAGCUGCAGCACGUGGAGAGGUUGUAUGAGUCUCCAAAGGCUGAGAUUCCAGAGGAGAACCAGGCUGUGGCUGAGCUGUACGAGCACUGGCUGGGAGGCAGGGACUCAGAGAAGGCUGUGGGAACGCUGCACACGGAAUAUCACCCCGUGGAGAAAGCAAACACGAGCUUCAACAUCAAGUGGUGAAUGCUGACAAGCCCAGAGACACAUCCUCAGUGCCUUUGUAACCCAGCUCUAUUUAUGAUUCUCAAAGGACAGCUGAAGUUCUAUGGAAUUCCUGCCUCUGGAAAGGAGAAGAUGGGAAUGGUCGUAGAGCCCGGCACUAAUAAUUCCUUCAGCUUAAUAACUAUUGGAGAGAUGUAAAUAAAAACCAAACACUAACUUAAAA